AUGGAUAAAGAUACACCAUGGAUGGAAGAAGCAUUUGCCAUGGCAGAAGAGGCAUUGCAAGAAGAAGAGGUACCUGUUGGGUGUGUGUUUGUAAAAAGUGAUACCAUCAUUUCCCGGGGAAGAAAUGAAGUCAACGAAACCAAGAACGCCACUAAGCAUGCUGAAAUGGUAGCAUUAGCACAGCUCAGGAGAUCAGUUCAACAGAACUGCAAAGUAUGUACCAAGACUGACCAAAAUAUUAUACAAUUUGAAGAGAAAUCUCCUGUAACAACAUGUAGUUGUGAGGAUACAUUCAGACGAGAAGUAGCAGACUGCACAGUGUAUGUAACUUGUGAACCAUGCAUCAUGUGCGCGGCCGCACUGAGAAUGUGUGGUAUUUGUAAUGUUGUGUUUGGGUGCUGUAAUGACAGAUUUGGUGGCAAUGGAUCAGUUUUAUCAGUACAUAACAGCUACUCUUCUCUUAUGAAGGCUUAUCAGGUGGAAUCUGGUGCCCAAGCGGAGAGGGCCAUGUCUUUGCUCACACAGUUUUAUAAGAACGAGAACAAAAAUGCUCCAGAACACAAACGAAAAUUUAAGCCAUCUUGAGUUUAACGUUUAAUGAAUAAUAAUUAUUUAUUGUGCUUUUAUUUCAAUUUUUUUCAAUCUGACACAGAUCAGCUAUUAAACAAUAAGCUUUCAGUAGCCAGUAGCCACCAGUAAAAUCCCCAGUUCACUAUCACAACAAAUGUUACUCACUCUUGAACAUACCAGUAUAAUAAGAGUCUAUAAUUUAAGUACAUGUGGUACUCAUUACUCGAGGCAUUUUUAAAUUUUAUUAUUUGAUAUCGAACUUUAGAACACUUAUUGAUGGGCUGCGUUGUUUUGACUGCUUUUAAUUUUGUAUGAUUCUUUUAACUUAUUCAUUAAAUUUAAAUUUAAAA